AUGGCCCGGGUCAGCUGGAGGAAGCAUUCAUCUCAAAGGACGUUCAAUUUAAUUCGGGCCAUCCCGCAAUCAAAGGCUAUGGCAAAAAAGCCCAUUCUUGACCGGCUGCGAGAUUCUGUAAUCGAGCGCUCGUUCCAAGCGAAGACCGAAGAGCCGGACAGGACAGCAGGUGGUGACAGCGAUGGUCCGCCAAAAUGUCUUGGAAAAGUCAUGCUGAUGGAAGAAAGAAGGCGGCGGCUCAACCUCUUUGUAGUCCUCAUGUUCAUCCACCUUGAGCCGAAGAAAAAUGCAAAGUCAGGUCAUCGUCAGUCGACGACCACUCCGCGGCGGGUUCUGUUGGAUACCGGUGCAGAUUUCAACCUGAUUUCUGACGAGGCUCACACUGAGCUCGACUUGAAGAAACAGCCAUACAGUGGGCGUGUGCAUUCAAUUGGUGGAUAUACCGACCUCAGCAGCACCGUCGUCCUUCAGUGGCAUUUCCGGAGUUACACUUCCGGAGCGGACCAGACUUCGCCGUCCUAUCGUGCGCCGUUUUAUGUUUUGCCACCAGAAUCCGAAGCAAAAUUUGACUGUAUCCUCGGCCGACCAUGGAUCGAGGAGAACUGGGAUGAAUUCAUCGCUUUGGUCGAACUCAACCGAAGAAAAGAGACCGCAGGAUAG